AUGAAAGAUAAAUUAAGUAAGCUAUGAUUAUACAUAAAUACAAAGAAAGUAAUUCUCACUUUUUGAUUGCUAUAUGGAAAUUAGUUUAAAAUGUGAACAAAUUAGAAAGUGCCAUUUAAGAAUAAAAAAGAAUUUAAGUUUAUAUUGGGUUUGAAGUUUUAUUAAUUUUUGGUAAAGUACUUUUAACGAUAGAAAAUGGAUGGCUUUUUAGGGGAUACAAUCAAUUCAAUAAUGUUAUUUUCUAAAAACGAAGUCAAUGGAUGAAAGUAUGUAAGGCUGAAAUCAAUACUUUCAAAUAGAAUAAAUGA